UUUUGUGUUUUGUUUUCAUUGCAGAAGUGUUCUCUUCUCGCGAGGGUGCAAAUUGGCGAUUUCUCUGCUUCAAGAUGAAAUUCGCUGAGCACUUGUCCGCCCACAUAACGCCUGAGUGGCGAAAGCAGUACAUAAACUACGAGGAGAUGAAAACCAUGCUUUAUGAGGCCGUGGAGCAGAGCCCCUCAGCUGAGCUUGUGGAUCCCGACGUCCUCACGCGCUACUUCACGAAGUUCGACGAGCAGUUCUUCCACUACUGUGACAAGGAACUGACCAAGAUCAACACGUUCUACUCAGAGAAACUGGCCGAAGCGACCAGGAAGUACAGCAGCUUGCGUUCGGAGCUCACGGAGGCGCAGGAGGUGGACAUGCCCAGCAAGAAGAGGUCUCUGCACUCAAAGUAUCUGCUGAGGAACAAGAGUGUGCCCGCCAGGAAGAUUCAGGAGCUGAAGCUGGCCUUCAGUGAAUUCUAUCUCAGCUUGAUUCUGCUGCAAAACUACCAGAAUCUCAACUUCACUGGCUUCAGGAAGAUCCUCAAGAAGCACGACAAGCUGCUGAGCGUGGACAUUGGCGCCAAGUGGCGACGGGAGCAUGUGGAAACCGCCCACUUCCACACGAACAAGGACAUCGACCGGCUCAUCCACGAGACUGAGACUGUCGUGACGCAGGAAAUCGAGAAGGGUGACCGCCAGCGAGCCAUGAAGCGCCUCCGAGUGCCUCCGCUCGGCGAGGCGCAGAGUCCAUGGAUCACCUUCAAGGUGGGCCUCUUUUCGGGCGCCUUCCUCGUCCUGCUCUUCACUGUGGCCAUUUGCGCGCUCUUCCACGCCCCGGAAGACAACUGGCGCGCCGCCGUGCGCCUCUACCGUGGCCCCUUUCUCAUCGUGGAGUUCCUCUUCCUCUGGGGCAUCAAUGUAUACGGCUGGCGCUCUUCUGGCGUGAAUCACGUGCUGAUCUUCGAGCUUGACCCACGAAAUCACCUCUCAGAGCAGCACAUCAUGGAGCUGGCGGCUAUUUUUGGCGUCAUCUGGACCCUGAGCGUGCUGGCAUUUCUCUACAGCGGCGAUCUGGGAGUGCCUGCGUACGCUCAUCCCGUGAUUCUCUACUCCCUGAUGGCGCUGUUCCUCCUGAAUCCCACGAGAACGUUUCGCCACGAGGCCAGAUUUUGGACAGUUCGCGUCCUGGGCAGAAUCCUCGUGGCGCCCUUUUGCUACGUGACCUUCUCAGACUUCUGGCUGGCCGAUCAGUUGACCAGCAUCAUCCCUGCCUUCCUGGAUUUGCAGUACUUCUUCUGUUUCUACUCCAGAAACACCGAUUGGUCCAAAGCCACCGGUAAGAUUUCAUCAUAUGAUCAUCCUCCUGAUUCUAAGCUAUCUUUGCUGUCAGAUGUGAACUCCUGCGUGGAGGAAUUCUACGUAAUUCGUCCUCUGGUCGCAAUGCUGCCCAGUUGGUUCCGCUUCGCUCAGUGCUGUCGACGCUACAAAAACACCCGCGAAGCCUUCCCACACCUCGUCAACGCCUCGAAAUACGCCGCUUCAUUCUUCGUCAUCAUCUUCUCAUCGCUCACAUUUGCCACAACGAACACUUACUCGGACUCCACCAACAAUCCGUGGUUUUAUCUGUGGAUUGUGGCGUCGAUCGUCUCGUCGUGCUACGCUUAUGGUUGGGACAUCAAAAUGGAUUGGGGACUCUUCGACGCGAAGGCCGGCGACAACAAGUUUCUGCGGGAGGAAAUCGUUUACUCGUCAACGUGGUUCUACUACUUCGCCGUGCUGGAGGAUUUCGUGCUGCGCUUCGGCUGGACGUUAUCAAUGAGUCUCAUUGAGGGUGGAUAUAUUGAGCGAGAAAUCAUGAUUUCCAUCCUAAGUCCUCUCGAAGUCUUCAGGCGCUUCGUCUGGAAUUUCUUUCGUCUCGAGAAUGAACACCUCAAUAACUGUGGAAACUUUCGAGCGGUCAGGGAUAUCUCAGUGGCACCGCUGGACUGUUCCGACCAGACGACGAUUUUGAGGAUGAUGGACGAGGAGGACGGCGUUGUCAACAGGCGCGGCAAGAAAGGCAAUGGCGGUAAGAAGAGACACGAAGCUCGUUUGCUCAUUGAGGCGGAUUCAAUUGACGAUUUGGAACUGUAGGCGAGCUCCUUCAUGCUC